AUCAUACCUGUGAAAAUCUCUUACGGGUCUGGUGGCGUGCCAAAAUUGAACACCCCGUGCUUCGAAUCUGAACUUCAUAAUACCUUACGCUGCGCUAGCCACUGACAGUGUAUUCAAUCCUACUUUAGUCAACGAGACCACUGUCUUUAUGCUCCAUUCAAGUCGACGGGAUGGCUUAUUCAGAUCGAAGCUUCGACAGCUAGCAGAGAGAUCUGAAGCACUCUGUGCUAUUUUGCUGGCCACUCACCUCUACAUCUCAAACCCAGAUGAUCCUUCACAACUUUUCGAAGAGUACUACCUUCGAGGCCUUGCGCUCUUCCGCAACCAAUUGGAAUCAUUCAAUGGGAGUGUUGAUCUUGGCGCAAUGUACGCUGGGCUUUUCAUCUGCACCCUGAAUCUAUUUCAGAGUGCUCCCUGGUCCAUCCACCUCGAGCUCAUGACAACAGUCUACGGUCUCAACAAAGAUCUCCACAACUCACCUGUCUUAUCCGAGCCUGAAGCGCGGUUUGCCUUAGAGCUGAUGGGUCUCAUGGACAUGCCGACCUUCGUCCGCGGUCGCUCAACUCUGUCGUUGGGAAUCUGGAAAAGAUUGCGGCUUGCGCAAGGAUCAAUUGGUAUGAAAAGGGGCGGCAUUCAAUCUGUUUCAAGCCUCCCAAGAUCCUUGCUCGACAUUUUUGCGAAUAUUCAGGACGAAGAUUCUGACACAUAUUUCUUGCAAUGGUUUGGAGAAACGGGAGAGAUACCGCAGAUUCAUCUGUGGGAGGCGUACCGUCUAGCAGGUAUUCUGACUGGUCGACGACUACGCAUCCGUGCAAACCCAGGCAUUACGGCAGCUACAUCAACAUCAUGCCCUGCCACUCCUUCUGCCGAGGUACUGUUAGGCCGUUUAGUCGCUUCCAUGGACGCGCUCUGCGAUGCGACCAGCCGGCCUGAAUAUUCACAGCUUCUCACGACUAAUGCACUGCUCUAUCCCUAUGUGGCGGCGCGGCUUGAAGUGGCUAUCUUGCUUCGCCAGCCCACUUGGAUGGAAUCACUCCGGCGAGUAACAGAGAAAUAUCAGCCAUACGGCAAGACAGCGAACGCGCGUAACAUUACCGAGAUGCUAGAUGAAGCCUGGGACUCAGGAAAUGAUGCGUAUGAUAUUGAUGAGCAAGCAAGAAGGCGGAAUGUCGAGGUUGCCCUAUUCUGAGGAAUCAUCAUGAAAUUUUACUACGAGAGUCUGCGUCUUCAUUCUUCCGUGGGCACAUUGGUCACAAUCCUCUGAAGUCAAGAGCUCAAUAUUACGGCGUUCAAGUGCGGCCGGAUCACCUGCCGCCGUGAGCACGGGCGACGUGGGUGAGAAGGGUGAGUGAAAGGUGAUUAUAGGGGUUGAACGGCGAAUAGAUAAUAACCAUGGGAGAUGUAUUAGCGGUAAAGACUUUGGAAUGCUCCUAGUAAUACCAUGGUAGUUCUGAAGUAUAGUUAAGUUAAUUUGCAUGGCAG